GCGCUUUAAUCCGGAAAGCACUACUGACUAAUUAUACAGUUUCUUUUUCAAGGUAACUCGAAAUUUCGUAAGAGAAGAAGAAGAAUGCCCAAAGACUCCCAUGCUUUCUGUUGGUCAACAACCAACCGCAGCUCUCGUUUCGUUUUUCACUACUCGUACAGACUUGACGGAGUUAAGCUGUCUGGAGGGAAUCAUCGGUUCUCAAUCAAUCAUGCCUCAACUAGAUAAAUUCACUUAUUUCACACAAUUCUUCUGGUCAUGCCUUUUCCUCUUUACUUUCUAUAUUGCCAUAUGCAAUAAUGGAGAUGGAGUACUUGGGAUCAGCAGAAUUCUAAAACUAUGGAACUAACUGGUUUCACACCGGGAGACCAACAUCCGGAGCAACGACUCCAAGAGUUUGGAAGAUAUCUUGAGAAAAGGUUUUAGCACCGGUGUAUCCUAUAUGUACUCCAGUUUAUUCGAAGUAUCCCAAUGGUGUAACGCCGUCGACUUAUUGGGAAAAAGGAAGAAGAUCACUUUGAUCUCUUGUUUCGGAGAACUAAGUGGCUCACGAGGAAUGGAAAGAAAUAUAUUCUAUUUGAUUUCGAAGUCCUCAUAUAGCACUUCUUCUAAUCCUGGAUGGGGGAUCACUUGUAGGAAUGAUGCUAAUCCAAUGCAUGUUCUACACGGCCAAGGAAGCAUCGGUUUUUAAUCUCAUUAUGACUUGGUCGUUCGGAAGAGCAUUUUUCUCGAUCAGAAUAGUGGAAUGGAGGGCACUACAAGAAAAAGAUACAAUCGCCCCGCGAAGACAGAGGUUCUCGAGAUUCUCAAUCGCUCUUUUUAGUGGGGAGGAAUAGUGCGGGAAGGGAGCGAGACCAAGCCGAGCCACUAGGAGAGUAAGCCCUUCCCACGUGUCAAGUUGAAUAAAUGAAUGCAGCCUCAACCAGAGAGAUCAACGCCUUUGAUUUUAGGCCGCUAGCGGCGCAGAAUGAACUAAUCCGCGACCAGCAAGUUUUCCAAAAGCGAACUGAAUGGAAUUGUUACUUUCCAAAAAUCUUGCUGAAAAUCAAAGAAAGAAGGUCCAUUUUCCCACGUAGUUCGUUGGUCAAACCAACGAUUCUCUUC